AUGGCUCUGCAGGAUGAAGGUGACAACUUGAAGGCUAUGGCAGCUGCCCUUCAUAAGGAGUCCGGCACUGUGGAGGAUGCCAUCUCCAGACAAGAGGAAGCGGCAGCCAUCAAGGCAGUAGCCAGCGGUACCAGCAUGUUGAAUCUGGGAGGGGAGGCUGAGACAGGGCUAGAAGACAAGGCCGCAGCGGCAGCAAAGGCGGCGAUCAUGCAGCAGCAGGGAAGCCCCAUUGAAGGGGCCUGGGGCGCUGAUGCAGCGGCGUUGCAAGCGCUGCUGGAGAACACGAGAGCUUCAGCUGAUGCAGUGGCUGAAGUUGCAACGGCGCUGAAGUCACGCUUUACUGAGGAGCGCAAGGACAAGUUCUCAGAGGCGUCGAAGGUGGCGAGACACCCAGAUGUUUUCCAGCCACAGUCACUGGAAGAAGAGCACAGCCAGUGGCAGGAUCGGCGGUUGACAUUUCGAAGCUGGUUGGUUUACGCCCAGGAAGACUUCGAGAAGGACUUGAAUGAGGCUGAAGCAGCCACCUCACCUAUGGACUUUGUGGAGAUGACAACUGCGCAGCAUGGUCGGUCGGAGAAGCUUCACUCGAUCUUGGUGGGCUUGCUGAGGAACAGGCCACUGAAGAUCUUGAGAAGCGUUGAGGGACGCAAUGGACUGGAGGUUUGGAGACAAUUGUCCCAGCAGAUGCAGCCGAGGACAAGGGCACGGUCAAUUGCUCUCUUACAGGCUUUCUUGGCCCACCCGCCGUUCAAGAAGGAUGGCGUCUUGGAGCAGGUCUUGGGCCUGGAGCGCUUAGCCGAGGAGUAUGCCCAGGUGUCGAAGGAGGAGCUGAGUGACAAUACAAAGCUGUCAGUUCUUCUCAAGGUGGUCCCCAACAAUCUUCGACAGCACCUACAACUGCAGAUGGACGAGAGCGCAGACUACUUGUCAGUGCGGGAGAAGGUCUUGGCCUAUGAGCGCACUACAACAUCGUGGAGCUCACACACGGUGUACAGGGAGCUUGACAUCAAGAAGGACGAAAAGGUUGAUGAGGCGGUCCCCAUGGAGAUAGACCGCAUCAAGGGCAAGCAGAAGGGAAAAGGGAAAGGAAAAUCGAAAAGUUCUGGCAAGGACGUCAAGGGCAAAGGCAAGUUCAAAGAUGGUGGAAAGUCAAAGAGCAAGGACAAGGGCAAGUCUAAGGACUAUGGAAAACAGGGAGAUGCAGGAAGAGGAAAGGGCAAAGGUCUGCCCAACGACAUGUGCAAGCUGUGUGGCAACAGGGGGCAUUGGUCUCGAGAGUGCCCAGUUCGAACUUUGAGGCAAGUUGCACAGGACUCAGUUUCGACAGUGAAUACGCAGUCGUUGGUGAGUGGUGCAACUGGAAAUGGAGGUGCAGUUCAAGGCUCACCAACUAUGUCAACAGCUGUCAGGAGGGUGACAUACCUCAACUUGGACGAGGAUGAGAUCCCGGGGGAGCCCUAUGUUAGGAUGGUCGAUGGAGGUGUCUAUGACAUGACAUACAGUGACAGCGAUGAUGACUGGUAUGUCUGCAACACCGAGGAGGACCAGCAUGGGGCCUAUUUCGAGAACUUCAAGGACAUCCCUGUGGAGACCUAUGGCAAGGAAUUGGAUUUUGGUUUGAGGCCACCACCAUUUGAUGGAGAAGUUUGCCAAGGACGUCAUGCAGAUCAGGCAGUGAUUCGAGGAGUCACAACUGGUGAUGCAGUCAGCAUCAUCUUGGACAGUGGUGCAGAUGUUUCAGUGUUGCCGCUGUCUUAUAAGGUGGAGCCCUACGGCAAAGCUGUGGUGACUAUGGAAGAUGAUCAAGGGAGCAUUGUGGAGCUCAGGGAAACGUUUGCAUUGUCGAAUGUUUCAGACCCACUUUUGGCUCUUGGAAAGAUGUUGAAACGUGGUUGGAAGGUAGAAGGCAGUGGAGGCGAAGUGAAAUUCAUCCAUGGAGACUUCUACAAGACCGUUGGUUUCAAAAGCAACAGCUUGGCGCUUGAGGCCGAGAUCAGAAUGGUGGAGAUUGUGGAGAAGCCGACAAAGGUGUCAGCUGGGCCUGUGGUUCGACAGGUCAUCAUGAGUUUUGAAGGGAUGAUGAAUAGCCUUCUUACAGUUCCUGGAUGGCACUUGUCAAUGGAUAGGAAGGUACCCUUCUUGGUCGUGCUCAACAGCAACCACUUCAAGGACUCCUUCCCGCAGUUCAACAGGAAUGACUUCCAGUACCGCUCAACAAUCGUGCUGAAAGGCAGAGUUUGGGAGGUCGUGGAAGUAGCAGAGACAAGCAACAGUGAGGGUGUGAUUCCUGAAUGCGGGGAUGAGUUCACUACGGUGGUCACUUUCUUCCAUCGAGAAGCUCAUGAUGUGAACGCUGUUGGAACAAUUCACACAGGUUCAGAUGAUCCUUUUCUUCAACCAGCACUACGCCCAGAUGAGCCCAAAGGAGAGCAAGGAAAAGAAGCACAAGGUUUUGGCUGGCAUGGCAAGACAUUGGAAGAUGGUGUGUACGAGGUCGAUGAUGAUGAGGACACGGGUCCACAGCCAGAAACAGGAGAAGGAGACCCAGCACAUCGAGAAGUACCUCAACGUCUUGCAGAAGAAGAACCAGAGGAGAUCGACAUCGAUGGAGAGAAGUUCAACAAAGGAAUGGCGCUUUCAAAGCUGAGAACAGGCCUUCGAAUGUGUGGCCUACCCAAAGGGAGAAGCAAGGCUGACGCAUGGAAGAGGCUCGUGGAGUAUCACCAGCAUUUUGCUGACAAUUUGGCCGUGGAACUUGCACAGCGGGAGUUUGAGAGGAAGAAGAUGGCUGAUGGUGGAAGUGAUGCACGUGGUCAGAUGAUCCCUCGACUGCCAACAAAGGCAGAGAGGCAGCCCGAGCCAAUGGUGAGAAUGGUCGUGAACGGCGAGAUCUUGGCUGAUGGAGACUUGGACAUGGAGUUCCCCGACAAGCCACCUGACCUUGGACCAGAUGAGUUGGCUCAGGUGGAAGCAGAAGCAGCCCAAACAGAAAUCUUGCGGCUGAUCGACAUGGGUGUUUUGAGGAGGCCCAACUUGGAAGAGGAUAUCAACCAGAUCCCAACGUUGACAACGAGAUUGGUGUGUGAUUGGAGGUUCAGACAGAAUGCAUGGGUGAGACGUGCGCGUUUGGUGGCACGUGACUUCAAUUGGUUGGAAUUGAACAGGAGUGACACUUUUGCACCGACUGGGACGCAAUCCACAAUGCGGCUGAUCCCAGCAUUGAGUCAGCUUCAACAAUGGAGCAUGAGGGUGGCAGAUGUGAAGGACGCAUACUUGAUGUGCGACCAACCCAAGUCCGUCAAGGUGGUGCUUAGCAUGGAGUUGGCAAAGCAACUUGGAGUAGAUCGUGAAUGGGUUCUUGGAAAGGUUUUGCCUGGCCAACGAGAAGGAGCUGCAGUUUGGUUCAACGACUUGAAGUCCAAGCUCAAAGCUGCAGAUCUUCUCCAAUGUCCUGAAGCACCAACAAUUUGGACCAAUUCUUCCAGAACUUUGUCUCUCAUGGUGCACGUUGAUGACAUCGUGAUGGGAGGCAUCGAGAGUGAGUUGGACAGAGUGGAAACGUUCCUGAAGGAGCACUACAAGCUGUCGGUGGAGAGUGGUGACACUUUGAGUUUCCUCAAGAGGAGCAUCGAGAUCGUGGAUGGAACAACAAGAAUCAGAGUGAACCCGAAGUACAUCGAUGGAUUGGUCUCUUUGCUUGGAGGAGUUCGAAGGCGCCGUACACCAGGUGACUUGAUCAUUGACAACAACUUGCUGGAGACAGAGGAGGAAGUGAAAUUGUUCCGAUCGUGUGUUGGAACACUUCUUUACGUUUCUGGAGAUAGACCUGAUGUGCAAUACUUGAUCAAGGAGCUGGCGGCAAAGCUUCAAACACCAACGAAGGGAGCGAUGGCAACACUCUACAACCUUGUCGGCUACAUGCAUGCAACCAGAGAUUUCCAUCUGUGCAUGAAGGGCACAGAUCCAUCUACAAGUUUCAGAAGCCGUGCAAUUGGUUUGGCUACGGGCCCAGAGUAUGUGGACGGCAAGGAAGUAUGGCUUUUGGAAGUAGCAACUGACUCUGACUGGAAUGGACAGAAGGAGACAAGGUCAUCUAGAAAUUGUGGCAUGGUUUUCCUCGGUGGCAUUUGGCUGUUUGGUUACUCGCGCACCCAGAAGCACAUCACGCUGAACAGCACAGAAGCUGAAUAUGUUGCUUUGGUUGGAGGAGCGUCAGAGGGGCUUUUCUUGAAGGCCGUGGUGCAACAUUUGGUUUGUGGCGUGGUGGAACUCAAAGUUUUGGGUGACAACACUUCAGCAAUUGCCAUCGGAAUGCGCGAGGGUGUUUCAAGACUGAAGCAUCUUGAUGGACGUUUGCUAUGGAUGCAACAACGUCAACAGCUGGGAGACCUACAACUUCGAAGGAUAGAUACUUUGACAAACCCGGCAGACAUGGGAACGAAGGUUCUUGGAGGUCGACGGGUACGACUUCUACUACAUCUACUUGGUUUUCAGAGUGAUGAUGGUGACCUGGGACAUGCAGAGUUUGAGCAGGAGAGGCCGAAGAAGGAGAGCAGAGAACAGCUGCAGGCGAUCAGAAAGAUUGUGCAAGCUGAAGUUCCAGAAGGUCAACAAGGUCAGAGCAGCACACUUCUCAACAAGGUGGCAAAGCGUUGCUGGGGCUAUCGGUUGGCACUUUACUUUUCGGUGGAGGAGAAGCCUUGA